AUGGUUGUCCAAUCGUUGGUUCAGAGCUCCAUAGAUGCUCAAGCAGACGCAGACGCUGAGAUUUCAUCGCCUCCGCCGAGGAGGGCCAGUUCUCGGCUUCAGGGGAAACCGAGACCCCAAAAGGAACUCCUGGUCCGUCGCAGAGUGCAACUACUUGAUGAACACGAAGAUGGAGACAGAGAAGGAGGUGGCCUUAGCAAAAGAGCCAAUGUUUAUGGUAGAAGAAGGUCCCAUGCAGAAAAUGAGGCCCAGGAGGCUAGCUCUAAUGGCGCUUUAGAAGGUGGAACCGGCAAACCCUCUGAUCCUUUGGUCGAGAAGAGCGACCACGUUAAGGUCAAAGAGACCCUGAGGUUGUUCAAUAAACACUAUCUAUAUUUCGUACAGGAAGAGGAGAAGAGGUGCAGAAAAGUGGAAGCUGAUAAUAAAGCCUCCGCAUCUUCAAAGAAAGCCUCAAAAUCUUCAAAGAAAGCCUCGAAAUCUUCAAAAAAUUCUAAGAAAGAGGCUUCCUCGCCAGACACAAAGGUGGGAAAAGCAAAACGACCGGAUUUGAAGGCAUUAACUAAGAUGUUGGAGAACAAAGAAAUUUUGCGAGGCACUAAAAGAAUUGGAAGCAUUCCAGGUAUUGAUGUUGGGCAUCAGUUCUAUUCUCGGGCUGAAAUGGUUGCUGUUGGUUUCCACAGCCAUUGGCUGAACGGGAUAGAUUAUAUGGGGCAAUCCUACAGUAAAGGGGAGUACAGUAACUAUACAUUCCCACUUGCAGUGGCCAUUGUCAUAUCAGGCAUGUAUGAGGAUGAUUUGGAUAAUGCUGAGGAUGUUGUGUAUACCGGUCAAGGUGGCCAUAAUUUAACAGGUGAUAAGCGUCAAAUUCAAGACCAAGUUUUGGAACGUGGUAAUUUGGCGCUCAAGAAUUGUGUGGAGCAAUGUGUACUUGUUAGAGUAGUUCGUGGCCAUGAAUGUAAAAGUAGUUACUGUGGAAAACUUUACACUUAUGAUGGCUUGUACAAGGUUGUUCAGUAUUGGGCAGAGAAGGGUAUUUCUGGAUUUACUGUGUUUAAGUAUCGUCUUAGGCGGGCUGAUGGACAGCCAGCGUUGACCACAAACCAGGUUCAAUUUAUUAAUGGGCGUGUACCGCAGUCUCUUUCAGAAAUACGCGGGUUGGUCUGUGAGGACAUUAGUGGGGGUCAAGAGGAUGUUCCCAUUCCGGCUACCAAUUUGGUUGAUGAUCCACCUGUUGCACCCACAGGUUUCAUGUAUUGUAAGUCUAUGCAAAUUGCGCAAAAUGUGAAGCUUCCUACAGAUGCCACUGGAUGCAAUUGCAAAGGAACUUGCAUGGAUCCCAAGACUUGUGCAUGCACCAUGCUUAAUGGCUCUGACUUUCCAUAUGUGCAGCGUGAUGGUGGCAGAUUAAUUGAAGCCAAGGAUGUAGUGUUUGAAUGUGGCCCGAAAUGCGGCUGUGGACCUGCUUGUGUCAAUCGUACUUCUCAGAGAGGGCUGAAGUAUCGAUUUGAGGUUUUCCGUACGCCAAUGAAAGGGUGGGCUGUUAGAUCAUGGGAUUUUAUACCUUCUGGGGCUCCGGUCUGCGAGUACAUUGGAAUACUUAGGAGGACGGAAGAUGUAGAUAAUGCCUCGGAGAAUUAUUACAUUUUUGACAUUGAUUGCUUGCAAACGAUGAAGGGUCUUGAUGGAAGAGAGAGACGAUCACAAGCUGUAUGCUUACCAGCAGUUAAUUCACUGGAGAGACCUGAUGAUCAGAGCGUGCCAGAUUUCUGCAUUGAUGCAGGUUCCACCGGAAAUAUUGCCAGAUUUAUAAAUCACAGUUGUGAGCCUAAUCUGUUCGUCCAGUGUGUGUUGAGUUCACACCAUGACAUAAAACUAGCUCGAAUAAUGCUGUUUGCAGCGGACAAUAUACCUCCUUUGCAGGAGCUCACAUAUGACUAUGGCUACGCCCUUGAUAGUGUCUUGGGUCCAGAUGGGAAGGUAAAACAGAUGUUCUGCCAUUGUGGGGCCACAGGUUGCAGGAAACGCUUAUUCUAGGUGAUAAACAUUCCAAAUGAACUGCUCUUUUUUUUUUUUUUUUUUUUUUUUGUUGCAACUACGUGUUAUAUGUUUGUUGUAUCUAUUUGUAAUUCCAUCAACUGAUCUAACCUCUAUCCUUCUCUGGGAGGUUACGCUUCAAAUGCACAGAAUAGGCACAGUUCAAACAAGACUGAUUUUGUAACUCAGAUGUGAAGAGAGAAAAUUAUAUGGCAAUAUUUUGAUAAAAAACAAGAAACCUUGCACA